AUGGAGAGAACACGGGUCGCUAAGGUUGAAGAUGUGACCUUGGCGCGCCGAGGCGAGCAAGUGGUCGGCACUCUCCACCUCACCCCUCACCAUAUUAUCUUCUCCCACACUCCUCCUCCUCCUCCUCCUUCCUCCUCCACCGACGCGUCUCAGGCUCCGGGUCCUUCUGGUCGGCCUAAAGAGCUUUGGAUCACAUACCCCAUAAUUUCCUUGUGCACCUGCCGCCCCACCCCCGCCGCAUCCCGCCAGCCGUCCUCCAUUCGUCUCCGGUGCCGUGAUUUCACCUUUGUCUGCUUCUAUUUCACCACGGAGAGGAAGGCGCGUGAUGUUUACGAAACCAUCAAAUGCUGGACCUGUAAAGUGGGCCGCAUUGAUAAGCUGUACGCUUUCUCAUACCGCCCUCCCCCUCCUGAACAGAAAUUCAAUGGUUGGGAACUGUACAAUCCUAGCAAAGAAUGGGCUAGACAAGGCGUCGAUCAGGCUGGUUCUGGAUGGAGAAUCUCUCAAUUGAAUACAGACUACGGGUUUUCUGCCACUUAUCCAGCCCUUCUACCGGUCCCCUCGGCCAUAUCUGACAAUACCCUUAAUCACGCUGGAAAAUAUCGGUCCCGAGCGAGAGUGCCGGUUCUUACAUAUCUUCAUCCGGUGAACAACUGCUCAAUCACACGGAGCUCACAGCCUCUUGUCGGUGUGCGACAAAACCGCAGCAUUCAAGACGAAGCGUUGCUAGCGGCCAUCUUUUCAACCUCGCGCUCAGAGAGACCUCUUGCAAGCUUCACCCCGCCUGGCUUCGAUUCGGAUUCCUCCAACUCGACCCCAGGGAACGCCUCACGCAGUCAUAUGCUCGCUGAUCUGACUGUCCCUGAUGACUUGGAAGAUGAGUUGCUGAGCCCUGUCCGCGAGACUCCGGAGGGAAAAGCCCAAGUCUAUGGUGCCCAGCAGCACAAUCUCAUUGUUGAUGCUCGUCCCACGGUCAAUGCCUUCGCCAUGCAAGCUGUUGGACUUGGAUCGGAGAACAUGGACAACUACAAAUUUGCCACCAAGGCUUACCUUGGAAUUGACAAUAUCCAUGUGAUGAGAGACUCUCUGAGCAAAGUGAUUGAUGCGCUCAAGGAUUCGGAUGUAACCCCACUGGGCCCAAAUAAAGACCAGCUUGCACGGAGUGGAUGGCUAAAGCACAUUUCCGGCAUCUUAGACGGUGCUCGGUUGAUCGCUCGGCAGGUUGGUCUCCAGCAUUCGCACGUCUUGAUUCACUGUUCCGAUGGAUGGGACCGUACGAGUCAGUUGAGUGCACUGAGCCAGAUCUGCCUCGAUCCUUACUAUAGGACGAUGGAAGGCUUUAUGGUACUGGUGGAGAAAGAUUGGCUAUCCUUCGGUCACAUGUUCCGACACAGAUCAGGACACCUGAACAGUGAGAAGUGGUUCCAAAUCGAGAACGAGCGGAUUGGGGGUGAUUCCAACCGUGGGUUUGGCGAAGGCGGUGGUGCAGGCAGAGCUCUUGAGAAUGCGUUCUUAAGCGCCAAAGGAUUCUUUAAUAGAGAUAACAACAGCCGCGACGCAAUUGGAGAAUCAGAUGGGGAGAUGCAAAGCUACGACGCAGAAAAUCUGAAGAAGCCUAACAAUGCUAUACCCCGAACCGCCGCCGCCGAAAAGGAGGUUACCAAGGUGAAGGAGACGAGUCCAGUCUUCCAUCAGUUCCUUGACGCAACGUAUCAGUUGCUAUACCAAUAUCCUACCCGAUUCGAAUUCAACGAGCGGUUCCUGCGCCGUCUUCUAUACCACCUCUAUUCAUGCCAAUUUGGAACCUUUCUUUUCAACAGUGAGAAAGAACGCGCAGAUUGGAACGCGAAGGAACGAACGCGGAGCGUGUGGGACUACUUUCUGGCGCGGAGGGAGCAGUUUACCAAUCCACAGUACGAACCUCAGAUCGACGACCACAAGCGUGGACAGGAGCGACUGAUCUUCCCCCGAAUCAACGAGGUCAGAUGGUGGAGUGAGUCGUUUGGUCGCACCGAUGCGGAGAUGAACGGCGUGCGGUCCUCUGGUUCUAGGCCACCCAUUGGGCGUGAUGCGACUAGUACUCAGCCAUCACCAGUGUUGACCGGAAUUGAAACCGCUAAUCAUUCUCUCGGCGCUGGAUCGUCUGGGAAAGAUACUUUAAGUGCAGCCUCCACUGGAAUGGCGGCAGUAACUGCGGGAAUCUCGAAUCUAGCCUUCCCUAAGAGCAAAGAGGACGGGCAGGAUCCUAAGAGCUUGAAUCGGAUGGAAGUGGAGAUGCAGUAG